CUUUGAAGUUGACCAAAGAGCAGCUUGCAUCUGUACUGUAUUUAUACUUAGAAUAGCUAGCAAAGUCUUGGAGAGGGCAAGAAUUAAACAAAUGAUAGGAUAUUAAUAUUUGAUUCAUUAAAAUGGCAGGAUAUGGAUGAAGCUAGCAGUAAUCCCAUGGAGGUCUCCACCAAUGCACCUUCUCAAGGAAAUCUUCCAUUGGAAGUUGAUGAAAAUGAAGAAGUCGAGGUUGGCAUUUGCAUAAGUAGAUGUCAACAAUGCCUUCCUCCAUGAUGACCUCAAGGAAGAAGUUUACAUGAAGAUG